AUGGACCACGAGCUGGACCACGAGCUGGACCACGAGCUGGACCACGAGCUGGACCACGAGCUGGACCACCAGCUGGACCACGAGCUGGACCACGAGCUGGACCACGAGCUGGACCACGAGCUGGACCACGAGCUGGACCACGAGCUGGACCACCAGCUGGACCACCAGCUGGACCACCAGCUGGACCGCGAGCUGGACCACGAGCUGGACCACCAGCUGGACCACGAGCUGGACCACGAGCUGGACCAGGGUAGUGCUGUGGUUCAGGCUGGUGCCAGCGACGCGUUUAUGCUAAUUUCAUGUGAAUUCCUAAAACUUUCACAAGGAAACUAUUGGCCGUUCUGCACGAUCUUCAUCUGUCUGACCCUGAGCGUGCUGUCCACCGUCGAGGACUACGAGCACCAGGCCACCGAGGUCCUCUUCUACAUCGAGUCCUUCGUCGUCGUCUGGUUUACUAUUGAAUAUUUUCUAAGCUGGCGCCCCCAACGUUCUCCCCCAGCUGGCGCCCCCAACGUUCUCCCCCAGCUGGCGACCCCAACGUUCUCCCCCAGCUGGCGACCCCAACGUUCUUCCCCCAGCUGGCGACCCCAACGUUCUUCCCCAGCUGGCGACCCCAACGUUCUCCCCCAGCUGGCGACCCCAACGUUCUCCCCCCAGCUGGCGACCCCAACGUUCUCCCCCAGCUGGCGACCCCAACGUUCUUCCCCAGCUGGCGCCCCCAACGUUCUUCCCCAGCUGGCGACCCCAACGUUCUUCCCCAGCUGGCGCCCCCAACGUUCUCCCCCCCCAGCUGGCGCCCCCAACGUUCUUCCCCAGCUGGCGACCCCAACGUUCUUCCCCAGCUGGCAACCCCAACGUUCUUCCCCAGCUGGCAACCCCAACGUUCUUCCCCAGCUGGCAACCCCAACGUUCUUCCCCAGCUGGCGACCCCAACGUUCUUCCCCGGCUGGCGACCCCAACGUUCUUCCCCGGCUGGCGACCCCAACGUUCUUCCCCAGCUGGCGACCCCAACGUUCUUCCCCAGCUGGCGACCCCAACGUUCUCCCCCCAGCUGGCGACCCCAACGUUCUUCCCCCAGCUGGCGACCCCAACGUUCUUCCCCAGCUGGCGACCCCAACGUUCUUCCCCAGCUGGCGCCCCCAACGUUCUUCCCCCAGCUGGCGACCCCAACGUUCUUCCCCCAGCUGGCGACCCCAACGUUCUUCCCCCAGCUGGCGACCCCAACGUUCUUCCCCAGCUGGUGACCCCAACGUUCUUCCCCAGCUGGCGACCCCAACGUUCUUCCCCAGCUGGCGAGCCCAACGUUCUCCCCCAGCUGGCGAACCCAAACGUUCUUCCCCAGCUGGCGACCCCAACGUUCUUCCCCAGCUGGCGACCCCAACGUUCUUCCCCAGCUGGCGACCCCAACGUUCUUCCCCAGCUGGCGACCCCAACGUUCUCCCCCAGCUGGCGACCCCAACGUUCUUCCCCCAGCUGGCGACCCCAACGUUCUUCCCCAGCUGGCGACCCCAACGUUCUUCCCCAGCUGGCGCCCCCAACGUUCUUCCCCCAGCUGGCGACCCCAACGUUCUUCCCCAGCUGGCGACCCCAACGUUCUUUCCCCCAGCUGGCGCCCCCAACGUUCUUCCCCAGCUGGUGACCCCAACGUUCUUCCCCAGCUGGCGACCCCAACGUUCUUCCCCAGCUGGCGAGCCCAACGUUCUCCCCCAGCUGGCGAACCCAAACGUUCUUCCCCAGCUGGCGACCCCAACGUUCUUCCCCAGCUGGCGACCCCAACGUUCUUCCCCAGCUGGCGACCCCAACGUUCUUCCCCAGCUGGCGACCCCAACGUUCUUCCCCAGCUGGCGACCCAAACGUUCUCCCCCAGCUGGCGCCCCCAACGUUCUUCCCCAGCUGGCGACCCCAACGUUCUCCCCCAGCUGGCGACCCCAACGUUCUUCCCCAGCUGGCGACCCCAACGUUCUUCUCCCAGCUGGCGACCCCAACGUUCUUCCCCCAGCUGGCGACCCCAACGUUCUUCUCCCAGCUGGCGACCCCAACGUUCUUCCCCAGCUGGCGACCCCAACGUUCUUCCCCCAGCUGGCGACCCCAACGUUCUCCCCCAGCUGGCGACCCCAACGUUCUUCCCCAGCUGGCGACCCCAACGUUCUUCCCCAGCUGGCGACCCCAACGUUCUCCCCCAGCUGGCGACCCCAACGUUCUCCCCCAGCUGGCGACCCCAACGUUCUUCCCCCAGCUGGCGACCCCAACGUUCUUCCCCCAGCUGGCGACCCCAACGUUCUCCCCCAGCUGGCGACCCCAACGUUCUCCCCCAGCUGGCGACCCCAACGUUCUCCCCAGCUGGCGACCCCAGCUUCGGACACACUGCCCGCAUGA